CAAAAAGUGCAUUUUGUCUAGGGGGGCUGUGCUAGUACUUAUUAUUAUUCUGUGGUAGCACGCUCAUUUUCUAGCGAUAGCACUCAUUGGCACGCUGAAAAAAGGAUUUUAUUAGAAUUAACGUGGAAUCGUGGAUAUUUUUGAAAAGUUGCAUUUCAGAAACAUGGUGACUUGUUCCGUGAUUGAUUGUGGCAUAACGCAAAGAAAUAAUCCCGAAAAGUGUUCAUUUCAUAGAUUUCCUACUAGCGAGGAUACAAAAAAUGCAUGGCUUAAAUUAAUUGAUCGUCCAAACUGGAUUCCGAAGAAAUGGUCUAGUUUAUGCAGUAAACAUUUUGAAGACAAAUAUUUCCAGACACUAGGAGGGAGAAGAGUUUUGAAAAAAUGUGCAAUUCCAACUAAGUUUGUUCCGGUCAAAAUAAUACCUACACGCACAGUGCCAUCCUACGUUAUUCGAGACAUCUUACCAGAGGCAUCCACAUAUAAACCGUCUAGAACUACACCACCGCUUCCGUCCGCACCAUCGACAUCUUCCCAAUUAGAAAAGCUUACAUCUAAAUGCUCUAAAUUGCAAGAAAAAUUAAAAAAGAAACGGCAACUCAUUCGAAACCUAAGGGCGCAAAAUAAACGAACUAAGAAUAAAGUUAUAACCUUAGCAUCUUUGCUUGACGAAAUUGAAAAACUUCCUGGGAUUAAAGAGCAUUUAAAUUAUAUUGCAAUAAACUGUAACAAAACGAUUCGGGCCUUAAACGACCGAGCGAAUGUUGAAACUCGAGGUGAAUUAAUAAUACCAGAUUUAAUAGACGCUGAUUCCAAUGAAGACAUACUAUCCGAAACUUCAAAUAGUGAAUUGGAAUCAGAAUGAAGAUAUCUUUUAUCAGUACUACCCGUUCGCGCUAAGUUUGCCGGUUCCGUGGAAUGCGCGUUCCCACCCCCAACCGCGAUUAAACGCAAUUAAUGUGUCUUAUUUUACGCAA